AUGUCUUCCAUUAAGAGCCCGUUUUGCGUUGUCCUAUUUCUUGCCCUGUUGAUUACUUCUUUAAUGGUUUUUUUGAAGAUUUGGUACUGUGGUCUUCAAGAGUGUGCCCAUGCUACGGAGUUACUCUCAGGACACAGAAGUCUACUUCAUGAACUAAGAGAGAGGCGUCAAGAAAUCAGUAAUUUACGUAAAGCAGCGGACCAUCAAUAUUUUGUCCGAAAACCCGAUUUGGAAAAGGGCACCAAGAGAAAUGGGGACAUCAGAAGCUCAAGUAUGGAUGAAGUUGGAUGCGAGGAACUUAAAAAUGUGCAAGUCGUCGAUUUCCUUGGUUCAGGUUAUACCAAAACUGUGUUAAAGGCACUCUUGCCUCAAGGAGUACCAGUAGCUCUGAAAUCUGUUAACAGUCAGGGCACCGACAUGAGAAAAUGUCUCGAGGACUACAAAGAUCCCUUUAGCUGUCAAGAGCUCGUGUCUUUCAAACUGAGGAAAGAGGUCAUCUUGUUGCAGAGAUUUCAACACACCAACAUUGUGAAGCUCCGGGGUCAUUGUCAGGACAACGCUCUGGUGGGUGGGGUCACAGUCGUGCUGGAGCAAGGCAUUCCCUUACAGAUGAUCCAGCUCCUCCAGAGUCCCUGGGAGGAACGCUUUCGGGUGUGUUAUGGGCUGGUCCGUUUACUCCAGUAUCUGUCCAGUUCUCCCCUGGGCUCCGUAGCCCUGCUCGAUUUCCAGCCCCGCCAGUUCGUCCUGGUGUCGGGCGAGUUGAAGUUGACCGACCUGGACGACGCCAGCAUGGAAGAGCCGGCGUGCCGGAGCGACGCCGACUGCGCGGUUCGGUUCCCUCUGCGUAACUUCAGCGUACCGUGUUCCUCCAGAGGCGUGUGCGAAGGCCUGAACGAAAAGAGGAACCUUUACAACGCCUACAGGUAUUUCUUUACCUACCUGCUGCCUCAUCAAGCCCCGCCCACACUGAUGCCUCUAGUGAAUCAGAUAAUGAACUCAACAGGAGAGCUCAGACACGGCGUUAAUGAAAUUUUGGACAGCUUUGAAAAGAUUUUUCACUUGUACAAGUCUGGACGACAUCUGGAGAACCUCCCGCCAUCAAUAAUCAGAGGUUAUGCCGUUCUGAAAGGUGUGGGGUCUGAGGGGAAUACGGAUCUCAGAUGCUGGCCGUCGUACGACCAGCAGGGCUGCGCUCUGUCAGUACACGAUGCCGCUGAAGCCGCACACAUCUGCAACUCGCACCCACAAUGCACCAGCUUCUCCCUCAGCGACCGCAAGACGUGGACAGGGCGUGUCAUAGCUUCUUUCAGAAGUGGCUUCGCCCGUCUCCGUCCAGAUGUCAACAGCGUGGUGUAUGUGCGAAAGGCCAGAAUGUCAGGAGCUCCACCACUGUGA